UUAGACAGCAGGAAGUUCGGCGUUGAUGGCUCUGUUGUUGAAGGGCCUGUAGUUGGGGUCCUUGGCCGGAUUCUGGGCGGCCGUCUUCUUAGCCUGGUUCUGGCCACGAGCCCGGCCGGGUACACUCAGGGUGAGACUGUCGAGGCGACGCUGCUCGUCGCCAUGCAUGACGCCUUCGAGCCGGUGCCGAUCUUAGAAAAGCUACCUCUGCAGAUCGACUGUCUGGCUGCCUGGGAGGAAUGGCUUCUUGUUGGAACCAAGCAAGGACAUCUUCUUCUAUAUAGGAUUCGGAAGGACAUAGUGCCAACAGAUGUAGCAUCACCUGAAAGUGGCAGCUGCAACAGGUUUGAAGUGACACUAGAGAAAUCCAAUAAGAACUUCUCCAAAAAGAUUCAGCAGAUCCAUGUGGUUUCCCAGUUUAAGAUUCUGGUCAGCUUGUUAGAAAAUAAUAUUUAUGUCCAUGACCUAUUGACAUUUCAACAAAUCACUACGGUUGCAAAGGCCAAGGGAGCAUCACUGUUCACAUGUGACCUCCAGCACACAGAGACUGGUGAGGAGGUGCUGCGGAUGUGUGUGGCUGUGAAAAAGAAGCUGCAGCUCUAUUUCUGGAAGGACAGGGAAUUUCAUGAAUUGCAGGGAGACUUUAGUGUCCCAGACGUGCCCAAGUCCAUGGCAUGGUGUGAAAAUUCUAUCUGUGUGGGUUUCAAGAGAGACUACUACCUAAUAAGGGUGGAUGGAAAGGGGUCCAUCAAAGAGCUCUUUCCAACAGGAAAACAGCUGGAGCCCUUAGUUGCACCUCUGGCAGAUGGAAAAGUGGCCGUGGGUCAGGAUGACCUCACCGUGGUGCUCAACGAGGAGGGAAUCUGCACACAGAAAUGUGCCCUGAACUGGACAGACAUACCAGUGGCCAUGGAGCACCAGCCUCCCUACAUCAUUGCAGUGUUGCCUCGAUAUGUGGAGAUCCGAACAUUUGAGCCGAGGCUUCUGGUCCAGAGCAUUGAAUUGCAAAGGCCCCGUUUCAUUUCCUCCGGAGGAUCAAACAUUAUCUAUGUGGCCAGCAAUCAUUUUGUUUGGAGACUCAUUCCUGUCCCCAUGGCAACCCAAAUCCAACAGCUUCUCCAGGACAAGCAGUUUGAAUUGGCUCUGCAGCUUGCAGAAAUGAAAGAUGAUUCGGAUAGCGAAAAGCAGCAACAGAUCCAUCACAUCAAGAACUUGUAUGCCUUCAACCUCUUCUGCCAGAAGCGUUUUGAUGAGUCCAUGCAGGUCUUUGCUAAGCUUGGCACAGAUCCUACCCAUGUGAUGGGCCUGUACCCAGACCUGCUGCCCACAGACUACAGGAAGCAGCUGCAGUAUCCUAACCCAUUGCCUGUGCUCUCCGGGGCUGAACUGGAGAAGGCUCACUUGGCUCUGAUUGACUACCUGACACAGAAACGAAGCCAAUUGGUAAAGAAGCUGAAUGACUCUGAUCACCAGUCCAGCACCUCCCCGCUCAUGGAAGGCACUCCCACCAUCAAAUCCAAGAAGAAGCUGCUGCAAAUCAUUGACACCACCCUGCUCAAGUGCUACCUCCAUACAAACGUGGCUCUGGUGGCCCCCUUGCUGCGCCUGGAGAACAAUCACUGCCACAUCGAAGAGAGUGAACACGUGCUGAAGAAGGCUCACAAAUACAGUGAACUGAUAAUCCUGUACGAGAAGAAGGGGCUCCACGAGAAAGCUCUGCAGGUGCUGGUGGACCAGUCCAAGAAAGCAAACUCCCCUCUGAAAGGCCAUGAGAGGACAGUGCAAUAUCUGCAACAUCUGGGCACAGAAAACCUGCACUUGAUUUUUUCCUACUCAAUGUGGGUACUGAGAGACUUUCCAGAGGACGGCCUGAAGAUAUUUACCGAAGACCUCCCAGAGGUGGAGUCCCUGCCACGAGACCGCGUGCUCGGCUUCUUAGUAGAAAAUUUUAAGGGUCUGGCUAUUCCUUAUUUGGAACACGUCAUCCACGUUUGGGAGGAGACGGGCUCUCCGUUCCACAACUGCCUGAUCCAGCUGUACUGUGAGAAGGUGCAAGUUCUGAUGAAGGAGUAUCUCCUGUCCUUCCCUGCAGGCAAAACUCCAGUCCCUGCUGGAGAGGAAGAGGGUGAAUUGGGAGAAUAUCGACAGAAGCUCCUUAUGUUCUUGGAAACUUCCAGCUACUAUGAUCCAGGCCGGCUCAUCUGUGAUUUUCCUUUUGAUGGCCUCUUAGAAGAACGUGCACUCCUGCUGGGACGCAUGGGGAAACAUGAACAAGCUCUCUUCAUGUAUGUCCACGUCCUGAAGGAUACAAAGAUGGCUGAGGAGUACUGCCACAAGCAUUAUGACCAAAACAAAGAUGGCAACAAAGAUGUGUACCUGUCCCUGCUCCGGAUGUACCUGUCACCCCCCAGUGUUCACUGUCUGGGGCCAAUCAAGCUGGAACUGCUGGAGCCACAAGCCAACCUCCAGGCCGCCCUGCAGGUCCUUGAGCUGCAUCACAGCAAACUAGACACCACCAAGGCCCUCAACCUCCUGCCAGCAAAUACUCUGAUUAACGAUAUACGCAUCUUUCUGGAAAAAGUCUUAGAAGAAAAUGCGCAAAAGAAACGGUUCAAUCAAGUGCUUAAGAACCUUCUCCAUGCAGAAUUCCUGCGGGUCCAGGAAGAGCGGAUUUUACACCAGCAGGUGAAGUGCAUCAUCACGGAGGAGAAGGUGUGCACGGUGUGUAAGAAGAAGAUUGGGAACAGCGCAUUUGCGAGAUACCCCAAUGGAGUGGUCGUGCACUACUUCUGUUCCAAAGAGGUACACCCGGCAGACACCUGAGCCCAGAACGCCCAGGAUUCAGCAGAUGGACAGCUCGGCCAUCCCACAGAGGGGAAGGGGCACCGGCCUUGGGAAUCGGGGACUGCUGCCACCACCAGGUGUCUCCCCAUUUGGACACUACUGGCUCCCUUUCGCCCUGGAACAUCUCUGAAUUAAUCAGACUCGUGGUCUGGUGUCACCGGCUUUUUAACAGAAAAAGAGACUAGUUUGUACUUUCUAUACCAUUGUCACAGGCAGUUCCAGAGAACUUAACACCUGCUUGGACUUGAGGAGGUGGCGACGGGCGCCGUCUUGCCUUUGCAUACCAGUCUCCCAAGGAAGGAAACUGUCUCGAGCUUUUGUAACCCCAGGCCUGUUUAUUCAGUUUUCUAUUAAGACACAUGCAGGGCUGACUGCACAAAGAGCCCUAAGCACAGCUGACAAGUCUGUGAGAAGAGAGCAAUACCAGAGCUCGUGUACCUGCAAAGGCCCAACGCUGGUUCUCUAGGUAACGACAGUCAUUUCUCCACGGCCACACCACCCCGUGUCCCCCAAGGAGCCUCCCCACUCAUCUCUUUAUUUUCCAGUCUCCUUUUCUUUCUCACUGUUUUCUUCCUGUAUCUCUCCCCUCACUGCUCCACCCAGGCUUUCUUUCCCGUUUUCCUGGCACCAGGAGUAAUAUUUAAACAAGGCAAAGUGUGAAGCAAGGGGAAGUUCUGUUUUCUAGGGAUGUGACUGCCGCGUCUGUUGUACAUAGUUCCUCCUUGGCCUGUGCGCUCUGUGCCUAGGAGCUUUGGAGAACGUCGCUGUUGGCCUAGGAAAGGCCCAGUGCACCUCCCCUCGGGGCUGAGGAUGUCAGUAGCCCUGAGGAUGGAGCACCUCCCGGGUCUGUGGCCCCUGAGGCAGCUGUCCACAGAGACUCCUGCUGCAGGUUCACCCGCCAGCCGCCCCGGGCAGGCUGGUUCAGUUUUGUGAUGUUUAUUAUUAAGGGAGUGCAUUGUGCUUGGGGCGCCUUUGUCUUUCCCGCCAGUGUCAUCUCCGUACCUUACAGCGUGGCCUGGCCAUCGUUCUCCAGCUUUGUUUCGCUGGGUUGGAGGAUUGUGCUGGGGUCUUGUAGGUAGUGACUCCCUGCUGCACACAGAGGACGAUCAGAUCAGGCACUGACAGUGACGUGAUGUCAGGCGUGCUUGCGAGGUGCUCGGAGACGGUGAGAGUGCUCCAGGAGGCAGGAGAGCAAGCAGCACGUGGGUGUAUGGACUGUUUCACCGCCAGGUCUGCUGAGCACUGUGUGUGUGGUGGGGGUGACCCUGCCCCCUGCAGGGCGUCCUAGAGGCACCCAGGAGGGUGUCCAGCAUGGCAGGCUGAGUGCAUGCGGAGAGUGUGCCCUGCACACUGUCCUCCCUGGGAUUUUGCAGACGUGCAGUGCUGUUGCCUCAGUGUCUUUAACGGCGCUGAUGCUGUGUUAGUGGCCUGUCCUUGACGUGAUGUGACACUUGUUAAACCGCAGUGCUCUGCUGUUUUGGGCCUGUGCUGUAGACCAACUUGCUGAGAGACUAGGCUUCUCCCAGGCACGCUCUGUGUCUCCAGGGACGGAGGGUGUGCCAUCAGCACCUGUUCACAGGCACAGGGGAUUCUGCUCAGGUUUUGGAGGCCAAGCAGCCUUCGCCUGAGCCACCGUCCCAACGGGCCACACCCAGCCACAAGAAGCAGGGCUGCUCUUGGCCCAGGUUGCUCCAGCUCCGCAGGCUCCCUCUGGCAGCAGCAGUGAACCAUGAGGCCAGCUGUCCCCUGUGCAUCAGAGCCGUGCUCUGCCACGCCAGCCCUGCCCUCCCGGCCGCUGUGUUUGUACUUCCCGUUCCCACGCCCUGUGUAGCACAUGUGUUUGAAGCAGUAGAAUAAAGAAUGUGUGUUUUCUUCC